AACAAUCUAUACCAACAACAAUAAUAACAAUGAUUGUAUCAUUAUUAUAAUGACAAUUAUGUUGAUUAUUAUUUCUUAUCAGAUGCCCAUGAUUCGAUGUCAACAUGCAAAACAGGUUGCAACCAUACCUGGACAAUUGGUGAUUGGUGCUUUAUUUUCGAUUAGAGAACAGCCAACAUUAAGAGCAGCACAGACACGUACCUGUGGUGAAGUACGUGAACAAUAUGGUAUACAUCGUGUUGAAGCUGCAUUUCAGACAAUCGAUACCAUAAAUAAUGAUACAAAUAUAUUACCCAACAUUACAUUGGGUAUUGAAAUACGUGAUUCAUGUUGGUAUUCAGCUAUAGCAUUAGAACAAAGUAUUGAAUUUAUUCGUGAUGCAAUGGCAGCAUCAGAAGAAAAAGCAUAUGGUUCAACAUCACCAUCAUCAUCAUUUUUUGGUCCUGGUUCAGUAUACAAUGUUCAUGAUGAUCAUUUAUUAUCAUCAACAACACACAUUGAUAAUAAUGAUGAUAAUAAUAAUAAUAAUAAUAAUAAUAAUAAUAAUAAUAAUGAUGAUGAUGAUGAUUCAUCCAGUAAACAACUUCGUAUAUUAGGCCUAUUUCCGGCUUCACCAUUUAGUGGUUCUCCACAAAGAUUCAAUGUUAGUACACCAUGCCCGAAAGCAACAAAAAAAGCAAAAAAUAUUGUUGGCGUUGUUGGACCUGCUUCAUCAACAAAUACAAUACAGGUUCAAAAUUUAUUACAAUUAUUCAAUAUACCUCAAAUCGGUUAUUCUGCUACCAGUAAAGAGCUAAGUGGAAAGAAUUUUUUUAAAUUUUUUCUUCGUGUUGUACCAUCGGAUCAUCAUCAAGCACAAGUGGUUAGCUCAUUAUUUCGAUACUAUAAUUGGACAUAUAUUUCCGUUGUCUAUACAGAUGGGAGCUAUGGAUCCGGUUUGAUGGAAAUAUUCAAAACAAAUGCUCAAGAUGUUGGCAUAUGUAUUGCCUAUAUGGAAUCAAUACCACCAAAUGGUGAUGAUGAAGUAUACGAUGCUGUCGUACAAAGUUUAUUGGAGUUUAAAAAUGCUCGAGUUGUUGCCUGUUUUUGUGAAGGAUCAUCAGUACGAGCAUUACUUCAGGCUAAACGACGUUUAAAUGUUACAACAGAAUUUAUGCUUGUUGGUAGUGAUGGCUGGUCGGAUCGUCCUGAUGUUGUUAAAGGUUUUGAAAAAGAAGCUCAAGGCAGUCUCACAGUUCGUAUCUAUUCACCAAUUGUCGAAGAAUUUGAUGAUUAUUAUUUCAAAUUAAAUCCAUUGUCUAAUCAUCGAAAUCCUUGGUUCAGAGAAUUUUGGGAGGCAAAAUUUAAUUGUAGCCUUCGAAAUUUAACUGGUCAAGUGAUAGUCCAUCCAAAUAAUGUUACAUUCACUAAACAAUGUACAGGAGAUGAAUCUUUACAGGAUUUUGUCGUACGAAGAAAACCUCGAUAUAAACAGGAUAAUAAAAUGUCAUUCGUUGUGAAAGCUAUUUGGACAAUGGCAUAUGGAUUACAUAAUAUGCAAAAAACUUUAUGUAAAAAUGUUACUGGUCUUUGUAAUGAAAUGUUACCUAUUAAUGGAUCAGUAUUAUUAUGGAAUCUUAAUAAUGCAAGAUUCAGAUGGAAAGAUGAAAUUGUUGAAUUCGAUGAGAAUGGUGAUCCACCAGGACGUUAUGAUAUAAUGAAUUAUCAGGAGCUAAAAAAAGGAGAAUAUGAUUAUGUACAAGUUGGUGAAUGGAAUAGUGAUUCAAAUCUAAGUAUUUAUCGUCCAAUACAAUGGCCACGUGAACGUGAAAUGGUCAUACAAUCAAAUUAUACCGAAAUAAAAGUACUCAAUAAACAUUCAUCAAUACCGGAAUCUGUUUGCUCAAAACCAUGUCCAAAAGGACAAGCAAAGAAUAUUCAAUCCGAUUCUGUCAAAUGUUGUUGGAUUUGUGUGCCUUGUCGUGAAAAUGAAUAUUUAACAAGUGAAGAAAAAUGUAAACCAUGCAAAAUUGGCACAUGGCCCAAUGAAAAUUUGACAGGUUGUACACCGAUACCAAUUGAAUUUAUACGUUGGACUGAUACUUGGUCAUUGGUGGCCAUGACUAUUUCAUUGAUCGGCUUUAUUAUUACAUUAUUUACAAUGAUCGUUUUUAUCAAACAUAAUGAUACACCAAUGGUUAAGGCAUCUACACGUGAAUUAUCUUAUAUUAUUAUGUUUGGAAUGUUUCUUUGCCAUUCGACAACGUUUGCAUUGAUAGCUAAACCAACAAAAUUAACCUGCUAUAUUACACGUAUAUUACCCGGUUUAAGUUUUGCAAUAAUGUAUGGUUCAUUGGUAACUAAAACAAAUCGUAUUGCUCGUAUUUUGGCUGGUUCAAAAAAACGAAUUAUAACAAAAAAACCACGUUUUAUGUCGGCAACAGCUCAAGUAGUAAUCACUUGGCUUUUAGUUUCCGUUGAAGUGGGCAUCAUAAUUACCAUUUUGAUUCGUGAACCAGCAGAUAAAAUGCUCAAAUAUCCUACAUUAGAUCGUGUGGUGCUUACUUGUAACACUAAAGUAUUGGGAAUUUCGGCACCACUUGGUUUUGAUUUUGUUCUUAUUGGUUUUUGUACACUAUAUGCCAUUAAAACACGUAACGUGCCCGAAAAUUUUAAUGAAGCAAAAUUCAUUGGCUUUACUAUGUAUACAACAUUGGUCAUUUGGAUUGCAUUCGUACCAAUUUAUUAUAAUUCGGAUGAAAAUGUUAUCACAUUGAGCUUGUGUAUUAGUUUUUCUGCUAUUGUUGCAUUAAUAUUAUUAUUCUUUCCUAAACUAUAUAUCAUAUUAUUUAAACCGGAAAAAAAUAAUCGUAGCUAUUUUACGACAGCUAAAAAUGUUCGCUGUCAUAUUGGUUAUAUGCAAGCUGCAACAUCAUCAACAACAUCGGCUGUACAAUCUCAUGCACCAACAUAUGCUGGUGUGUCAAGACAUUCUUCACAUUCUACAUCCGAUUUUAGUCUUGAAUCUCCAAGAAAUCAUUCAAUUGAUGUUUGUUAUAGAAAACCUGGAUCAGAAAUUUCUACUGUUCAUAAUCAAUCUUAUACAACACCAUCAUAUUCAGGCACACAUUUAAACCAUACAAAACAACCAGCACGACGUAAUGGUCAAAUACGGAAAGGAUUUUUUUCACGUUUACGUAUUAGUAAACAGGAUAAGAUUGCUGCUAAUGUAGCUGAACAUAUACGUGCUGUACGUGCGGCUGAAGCAUUGGAUCGUCAAACAGCACGUGGACGUCGUUUUCAUGGAGCUACAAGCCAAAGUUUUUCGGAAAAACAUGAAGAAACAACAACAUCUAUGAUUGGUAAUGAACCAAUAUCCAUACGACAAGAAGAUACGGUUGGAAUAUUAUCACGUCAGGAUACGGCUACACGAAGAAUACGAAUUAUUCAUCUUUUACGGCGAACAUUUGGUGAAGAUCUAGAAAAAUUACCGCAAUUUAGUGCAUUGGUCAAUUGUCUUAAAUAUGAAUGUUCACAUACAUUUACUGAAUGUGCUGUUCAAACGGGCAAUGGUGGAAAUGGUAUUAACGGUGUGGAUACAUUACGUCGAAGAUUAACAUCAAUGCCUAUUGAUGAUGAAAAUGGAUUUUCAAAAAAUCGAUAUCAACAACCAUCAUCUUCAUCAUCAUCACAAUUACAACAAAAAGCUGCUAAAACAAUGUCAUCCGAUGAAAGUAUGUCGGUAACCGGUUCAGUUGUUGUUGAAGAAAAUAUUAGUUCCGGUGGUGAAGAUUCAAGUCAAACAUCAGGUGUUUAUAAAAAUAUUAUUAUCAAUUUAAGUAAUUUAACAAGUUUAUCAGCCGAUCCACAACAAACAAGUUCAUCAAGAGAUUUAUUUUAUUAUCAUCAACAACAACAACAACAACAGCAACAACAAUUUGAUCAAUCAUUAUCAACACCACAUUCAACUGAUCAUCAUUAUCGUCCACAUAAUAAUGAUAAU